GCUGUCGUCGUUCUCGUCGUUACCGCGAGAGGACCACCCUGGGGCGUAAGACCAUCAUUCCCUUCGCGACCCGUCGGAGCUUCGAGGGGAAAAUUCUGCGCGCGACACCUCAAAGCGUCUUUCGACUGGUGCGCUUGCGUAUUGCGAAUUGUUCCUGUGUUCGAAUACACGAGUACUGCCGAGCUGUGCGACGAUCGGCGGCGGGGCCGAUUGGUUCCGCUCGAUGCGGCUUCUACUCAGAGCAAGUGCCCAAGAGUUUUCUACGUGUGCUCGUUUGGCAAGUUCGGACAGCAGAGGCGAGUAUCGUGGAGUGGAAUGCCCUGCCGAGGAUUUUGAGUCGGACGCCGUAAUGUUAGAAAACAUGUGAGCCUUAUGAAAAACUUGUCUCGUAUCCAGCCUGUAAGCUACAAGGAGCAGGUUGAGUUCCUUGAUUGGUUGAAAGAGCGCGGACAGCGAGAUGCUUAUCUGAGUACUACUGUGGGAAUCUCCACACAUGGCAGUGCUGAAAUUGUACCUGUCGCCUUGUUCGCUACCCGUCCCAUUCAAGCUAGCGAGCGUGUUCUUCGUGUUUCCCGAGAUCUGUUGAUCACUCCAGACAAGCUACCGAAGGAGGUCACAAAACUUUUGCCGCAAGAUGUUAGUGAGUGGGCUCGUCUUGCUCUCUUCUUACUUGCCGAGCAGCAUAAGGGCCAGUUGCCUACCUCCUUUAGGGUCUAUUCACAGUACGGUACGCGAAUAAUGGCCGCCGAAGCCACCAAGCUUGACGGGCGGCUGGCUCGACGACCUUUGAAAGACAAGAAUAGAGAAGCUCAGGCUAUGAGCCUCCUGCUAGCUCGUUUGGAGAGUAUGAUGCAGCAACGGCAUAGUGCACUUCUGACCUUGCGCUUGGUGGAAACAUGCAGAGGGUCGAAUUCAGGCUCGAAGAGUCCAGUUACAGUGCACGUACACAUGGCAGGUGCCGUUGUCAGCGGAGAGAUGCGCGUUUUAAGGUCUGCCAUCGCUUGGUUGAGAAAUCAUUGUUCUCCUUCGACUGUCCUCACAUGAGCAUCAAAGGUUUUCGACUUCGCACGCGAUCCUUUUCCUUGAUGGGGGCAUGAUUCGCCUCGUGUGAGGAGAAUGACCGUGAACGAUCCAUGCUCGAGGCGGCCUUACUCGCCGCGAAGAAGUUUUCAGCAGCGACGGCACUCACGAUCUCAUCCUUUGAACGUGAUAACAGAGCAAAACCCCGAGUGCUCCCUGACAACCAAUGACGCUGAUGAAGAGACCUGGAGGCAAUUCCAUACUUGCAGUCAUCAGGCAGCAGCGUCCGCAGCGUGUGCAUGGACCUCCGUAACCAGGGAUUGGGAGUCACUGCUUAUGGAAAGGAUGGACUAAGAGUUCAUGCUCACGGAGUCCAUGCGCCCGCUGAGGCCGCAAGGAUUUACAGACUUCUUUUCUUCCGCGUCGACCUGGACGUCACAAUAGGACAGUGAUCAUAAAUCUGCGAGCCCAACAUCCACACAGGUUGGAAGAUCCUGCCACAGGUGACUUGGCUGUUCCCUCCAGAGUGAGAGUACAUUAGAGGUUGGAGUCUGGAGUGAGUGGAGACACAACUUCCAGAUCAGGUGAAGGGCAAUCAUUCGACCGAUCGCCAUGAAUCUCAAGACUAGGGCUGUCAAAAGUAGAAUAGUAGGGGGAUUUACGAGAACGAUUCAAAGGAGACAC